AUGUCUAGCUCUCAGAUGCGCCCUGGAGUCUCUCAGACGGUUGAGAACCGGCUGACGGACUUCCCGUAUGCUUCUAAUGCUAAUGGCGUUCGGCCUCCUCCUGGCCUUCUCAACCUUCGUGCACCACGGAGUAGUCCAGCUCGAUUCGAUUCUUCAGCUCGAAUCUCCCCUGUGAUUCCUCUUGCACGUGGCGUGAAGGUGGUGGGACCGUCGUGUGUUGCACCCACCCUGAGAGCUGUUUCCAUGCAGCCGCUGGGCCAGGCCAUGGAUGUUAAUGUUGUUCAUGGUGAGUCGUAUUUAUUCGAGUCUCGUGAGGAAUCGAACCAUCGAUCCUCCACAUAUCUCGUCUGCGAACUUUCCAACAUGGAUUAUCUUACUAACACUUCUGCUCUUCGAGACCCGCGGGCUCGGACACAACACCACGAUCAUCGAUUCCCACCUGGCCGUGAUGGCUUUGGUGGUGUUCAAGAAGCCUUGGGCCAGGCUCGCCCUGCCCUGUUGCAGGCUUCUGAUGGCACACUGUUUGAGCGAAUUGUCACGGACGGUAGUUCGGGCUCUGCGUUCCAGUUCCGUGACUUGAAUCGCACCCAUGAUUUCGGUGACGAAGCUCGGGCUUCGCAGUUUAUGACUGCACGCUCUCGAGCUGCCAGUUACCAGCCUGUUGUCCCGCGGGCUGAUGUUCGCCCACGACAGUCCGCCGCCACCAGUCUCUCUCCGGGUCAACACUUUGCCUCGGUCAAUGAAGGUCGUUCUUCAAUCAAUCAACGAGCCUUUGACCCCAUCCCCGAGGAGGUUCUGAGUGGUCUGACCAUGGGUGAAAGCUAUACUUUCAACGCAAAGAUGUUGGGCCAGCAUCUUGCUUCUCGUGGACCCCCACCAGGGCUCCCAGUUCCUGAUGAGCUUGUUCGACCCCGAUUCCGAGGCAACGUGCUUCAGAUUGAUGAGCAUCUGGGGUCGGGAGGCAAUUCUCUGGUUGUCAGGGUCGAAGGCGAGCAAUCGACAAGCCAGCGGUCGUACAUGCCGGGAAGCGCUGCCUCCCCCGAUGCUUUCAGCGACGAACGAUUCGGUCGACCCGUUGCUCAAGGAUCAGGUUCUGGCUCUGAUACCCGGAGCCCUCGCAUGCCUGUCUUUGGGUUUUCUUCUACCCUUGAAGCUGAGAGUUUCGAGCCUGCGCCACGCAGACACCCACAUGGCUUGCCCUACGUCGAAUAUCAGAGCUCCCAGUCCCCUGAUCAAGGACUUGGAUAUUUGACCUCGUCGCGUAGGCCCAUUCGAUUUGGGUUCAGUUCCACGGCGGAGGCUAUGUCUCAUGGCUUAGAGGUUGAGACGCAUGCCGCUUCUGCUCCGUUUGGGGCCCAUCAAGUGAAGGCUGAACCAGCGAUGCAAGCUCGUCUUCCUGUCUAUCAAGCCGUUGAUGGGAACUUCGAGCAAAACCAUGCAUCUCAAGUUUGGAGCAACUUUGCUCCUCACUCGGCCGCCAUUUCUGACAUUAAAGGGCCUCCAGGCUUCGGAGACUCGUUCGACUCCUUCAAUCAAGGAUCUGCCCAUCAUGGCGGAGGUCCUCCAAACCGAUUGGAGUCGAAUGAGACUCCAGCUCUAGCCACUCACGCACGUGCUAAGGACUUGUCAGGUGGAAAUCAGUCUAAACUUCCAGCAGGGCCCCCUCACCAGCAGUACCUCAAAUCGCUGGACUUGAAAGCCCUCAAAAGUCAACAGGUCAUUUUCAUCUUUCAUAUGCUUAGCAUAAUGGGCAAUUUGAGACCUGAAUUUGUCCUGCAACGCGGUGGCAAAGGAAAAGAGAAGAUUGGCAUCAAGAUCAUCAUGUGGGGUCACACUGUGUUUGGUCCUAAUAGCUUCGAGUCUGUUGCGAUGGCCAAGGUGGCUGCCUGUCGCCUGGCUCUCGCGCUGAUUCAGGAGGAUAACCCGACGUGGUUGGUUCCUCCUCAGCCUAGUGAGGGUCCCACGAUCCCUGCCUGGGAUUGGAACUGGAUGCUUGCCGACUAUUGUGCGACGCGAGCGAUCCCACAGCCCCUGUACCAGCCCAGCCGUUAUGGAGACUUCUGGCAUUGUGACCUCUCGGUCAAGGACAAGGUUUUCCGCACCGCCGAAGGAUGCCGAAGCCUUGCAGAGGCGCACAACACUGUGGCUCAUAUUUCGCUCUACCAGCUGAUUGUCAUGGAUGGUGAUGAGCCUUUUCUUCAUUCCAACUGCAAUCUGCCAAUGAGAGGUCUGAAAGAACCACUGAGCGUCGAUCUUCAGAAGCAGAUUGCUGGUCUUCUGAGAUCGGGAAAGACUUACAAACCACCCAAGUCAGGUCAACCUAAGUCAGGUUCUUCUAAGUCAGGUGCUUCCAAUUCUCAGUAUGCAGGCGUGACCAAGAAGACUUCUCCUGCUGGGAAGUUCCGAGGCUGGGGAGGUAAAAAGAAGAGGUCGAAAGGAAAAGGCAAGCAGCAGCAGGCUCAGCCACCACCUGCUAAGAAGAAGUCUGCUGCUCAGUCUGCCACUCAGUCUGCCACUCAGGCUGCCACUCAAUCUGCUUCUCAUCCUGCUUCGGGUCCACCCCUUGGUGUUGCUCGGUCUGCAAACACCGAGCCGGUUACAAACAGUCGUCUGGCUCCAAUCGAGGUUGCAGAAGAGCAUGUCGAUGAUCCUCUGGCAACUUUGAAGGCCAUUGAGAAGAAGUUUAAGGACCUCAAUUCCGAUGCGUCCUUCCGCCGGGUUAUGGAGAGAAUUUGCGAUGUCCUGGGAGUCAACUACCCUACCAUCAUCACCCGUGAUAACGAUGACAAUGAUUAUCCCCAUUCACUGGAGGUUCUCGCCGAAUUCGACAACAGCCAUCCAUACCUGGGCCGCGCUAGUCCGAUCAAGCUUGCCGACGUGGAGAACUCUGAUAAAGAGGUCAUCAACGGAAUUGCCGUCAAGCAUAUCAUUCUUCGCUUGCUCAGGAUGGUCAAGGAGGACUCCGGUGCUGAUGACGACGAAUACCGCCUUGAUUAUCCUAAGCUCUCUGACUUCGAGGAUGAGACCAAGGAGAGUCUGGCUCGCCAGAGUCGUCCGUCUGGAACUCUGUCUUACUAG